AUGAUGAUGAUAUUUACAGAGCUACGGACAACAACGAAGUUGUCGUCCCAAAACCGGAUCUUCAAAACCGCUAUCGGUGCGCGAAUCAUGGUUAAUGAGAACUUGAAGUGUGAACUAAUGAACGGGGACACCGCACUAGUUCAAAAAGUCUACGCAGACCAAAAUCAAAACGUCGAACGUCUCACCGUCACACCCGCGGACAGCAACGAGAUCGUCACAAUCUACCAGCGACAACCUCAAGAAAACGGUCGCCAGCAGCAACAAAAGCCCUUCCUUCCCGUACUGCCUGCGUAUGCGGUGACUUAUCACAAGGCGCAAGGACAAACGCUGGACACCGUAUUCUUGGAACUCCCACGCUCUAUGAAUGCCAGCCUCUUUUUUACGGGAGCCAGCCGAGCGAUCAUCUAUGGGACUCGUCUCCACCUUCUCAAUCAAGACAAAUGGAGCUGCUCUCGAGGAAUACAAUCGGCUGGGCGCCACAAUCCAACUCCCACCAAUUGA